AGGACUUGCUUAUCCAACUCUGAACUUAAAAUGGGAAAGAUCAUCUUCUACGAGGACAGGAACUUCCAGGGUCGGCACUAUGAGUGCAGCUCCGACUGUGCUGACCUCUCCCCUUACUUCAGCCGCUGUAACUCCAUCCGUGUCGAGAGUGACUGGUGGGUGUUGUACGAGAGACCCAACUACAUGGGAUACCAGUAUGUCCUGAGCAGGGGAGAGUAUCCUGACUACCAGCGCUGGAUGGGAUUUAAUGCCUGUGUCAAGUCCUGUCGCAGGUUCCCACAAUACCAAGGAAGAAAUUACAGAAUAAGAAUUUAUGAGAAACCUAACUUUGGAGGCCAGAUGAUGGAGUUCAUGGACGACUGUCCCUCUGUCUACGAUCGUUUCCGUUACCGUGACAUCCACUCCUGUCAGGUGAUGGAUGGUUACUGGAUCUUCUAUGAACAUCCCAACUACAGAGGCCAACAGUACUUCCUGAUACCUGGGGAAUACAGGAGAUACACUACCUGGGGUGGCUACAACUCAACCAUUGGGUCCUUCAGGCGCAUGAGGAACUUCUAG